UGUGUGUGUGUGUGUGUAUAUUUGUGGUUUUGGAUCUUUUUGUGCAUUGUGAAACUAUUCCUCUAUGAUCAGAAAGGAAGCCAAGUUAUUUUAAAUGACUAUAACUGUGUCCAUUCUUUUUCAGUAUGUCCACCUUCUUCAGUUCUAAAAAAACUUAAAGAUUUAUUUUACUUUUAAUUAUGCAUGUGUACAUGUGAGGAGAACAGGUGUUUGAAGCUUUGGCGGUUGGUUGUGAGCCAUCUGACAUGGCUAGAAUCCAUACUCAGAUCUCUGCAAGAGCACUAUCUGCUCUUAACUACUGAGCAAUCUCUCCAUGACUCCCUACUCCCCUCUUCUUCAGUUCUUAAUUAACCUGCUGUAUAGUCAGCCAACAGGUCAAGGAAGUUGUUACUGAGCUGCUUUGGACCUGGAGGCAACCACUGUAGAGGGAAUCUGUCCGUUUAUUCUCUUUGCCAAACAAUCCAAAGUAAUAGCCAUUCCAGCACCUGGAGAUUCAAAGUCCUCUUCUUCCAAUUUCUGUCUACUCUAGCCUAUAUUCUAGACUUGAUCUUACAGUUCUCAAAGAAGAGAGCUCCUGAUGCGCACAUGCGCAUGCACACACACGCAAUGUAAGAGAUGAUUCAACUCAUGAGUAGCAAAUAGGACAAAGGUCAAAGUAUAGACCUGGGGAUGUAACUCAUGUUCACAGUAAUUACUGGACGUGGGAUGUAAUGAGGCACAUCCAUCUGAUUUUUCUGUCAGUUCCUUAAGGGAAACAGAAUAGGAAAGCAAUGUCUGAGUAAGCGUGAUUUCAGACUGGCCUACCUCAUAGGCAUUUUCCACAUCUGUAGAAUGAUCAGCUUUCCUCUCAACAUUAUGCGUUCACGUUCCAUGUCUUAGUUGAUGUAUUUUUUCUACCACAGAGCAAUUCUCCCUCACCUUAACCCAUGACUCUAUGCCCUUCAAACCCCCAGGGUCAGCAAGAGUCACCUUCUCAGUGAAGACCUCCUGGAUAAUCCCUGGUGCUGAAACCAGAAUUCUCUUUUCCUCAUUCCUACAACCUCUCAGGAUAUUAAUUACUAUUGUGUCAUUUUGAGUCUUAACUUACCCACUGAUCUUGAGAGUGGGCUUCUUGAGGGUGUGAAUUAUCACACUGCCUAUGCCCAGCUGGUGUCCAUCACACCUGGCCUUUGACUGUGAGACGAAAGUGAUCUCAGCUCUCACAAAAGUUAUGUUCCGACCAGAGUGUUUGCAUAUCCUUCCACUUGAUUGUCCACCAAGCCCUGGUAUCAGAGAGGACUGUCAUUGCCCUCAUUUCCCAGAUGAGGAAUCCAGGCUCUCUGAGAGUGUGUCCCUUGUCGCCAAGCCCCAACGGCAGAAAGGAUAAACCAAAGGCAGAGUAACUGUGAUUUCUGGUCUGGUGUUCUCCAUGUUGUUCAGUUCACCAGGUAGACUCAGCUGCUAGGGUGUCCACAAGAAGGAGACUGAAGGACAGGUCAAUGAAGCUGGCUGGCAUCUGACUCACCAUGAUACCCACAGAACUCACGACCCCUAUUCCUGCCAUAUUCGGUGACUACAGCUAUGACUUCACCACUUCCAUAGAAGACUCCCCUACUUCCAUAGACGACUUCAUGAAUUUCACUGCCAGUGACCUCUUCUGUAAGAAAAACAAUGUCAGGCAGUUUGCGAGCCAUUUCCUUCCACCUCUGUACUGGCUUGUGUUCAUUGUGGGCACCCUGGGCAAUAGCCUGGUCAUCCUUGUCUAUUGGUAUUGCACAAGAGUGAAGACCAUGACUGACAUGUUCCUUUUGAAUUUGGCAAUUGCUGAUCUCCUCUUUCUUGCCACUCUUCCCUUUUGGGCGAUUGCUGCUACUGGCCAGUGGACAUUCCAGACCUUCCUGUGCAAGGUUGUAAACAGCAUGUACAAGAUGAACUUCUAUAGCUGUGUGCUACUCAUUAUGUGUAUCAGUGUGGACAGGUACAUUGCCAUUGUACAGGCCAUGAAGGCUCAGAUCUGGAGGCAGAAAAGGCUUCUGUACAGCAAGAUAGUCUGCAUUACCAUCUGGGUAAUGGCAGCUGUGCUCUGUAUCCCAGAAAUCCUGUACAGCCAAACCAGUAGGGAAUCUGGCAUUGACAUAUGUACCAUGGUCUACCCUAAGGAUAAGAAUGCCAAGCUGAAAUCAGUUGUUUUGAUCCUGAAGGUCACUUUGGGAUUUCUCCUCCCCUUCAUGGUCAUGGCCUUCUGCUACACUAUCAUCAUUCACACCCUGGUACAGGCCAAAAAGUCAUCCAAGCACAAAGCCCUAAAGGUGACCAUCACUGUCCUCACUGUCUUCAUUACGUCUCAGUUCCCCUACAACUGCGUUCUUGUAGUGCAGGCUGUUGAUGCCUAUGCCAUGUUCAUCUCCAACUGUGAUAUCUCCACCAACAUUGACAUCCUCUUCCAGGUCACUCAAACCAUUGCUUUCCUCCACAGUUGCCUGAACCCAGUUCUGUAUGUUUUUGUGGGUGAGAGAUUCCGCAGGGAUCUCAUGAAGACCCUAAAGAACUUGGGAUGCAUUAGCCAGGCCCAGUGGGUUUCAUUCACAAGGAGAGAGGGUAGCUUGAAGCUUUCUUCCAUGCUAUUGGAGACAACCUCAGGGGCUCUCUCCCUCUGAAAGAAGUUCUCAAUGAGACAGAUGGUCCUUUGGGGAAUAAUGAGAUACAUAGACACAAACAACAUAGUCGCCUGACUGAUGAGACUACAGAGAAAACAAAUCAUAAGAAAAGGAGAAAAAAACAAAACCAAGUAAAACAAACUAGAAUGAGCCUAAACAGCUUUAUCAUGCUCAGUCAGGAUAUGCCAAAGUCUUCAAAACUGACCACACCAGCAGGGCACUAGCUGUGUUUUGGUUGUAGUAACUGCAAUUCUGAGGAGGAUGCUUGAUCGGCAGUGAAGACACCUCAGCCGUGCACACGCCGUCAGUGCAGCUCUGUUCUGGAGGUGUUGAGUUUCUUCAAUGCUCCACAUUUCUGUUACUCCAGAUUCAACGCUACUACUCUCCAGAGGUGACAGAGCACUGGUUGCUGCCAUGUCCACAAAAGCAAGGAUUAGUGACAUUUUCCAUGUUGGGAUCUUUUCUUGUUAAUCCCAUUAGUGGGGAGACUGUGUUUGUACAUCUCAUUAUUUACAGAUUUUUAGAUCUAGAAUACACCCAAACGAUCUGAGGUUGAAUGCCUUUCUGAUCUCCUUAGUCUCUUGUGAGUCAAGGAGAACCAUUUUUUUUUUUUUGGAGCCAUUUGUAAGACAGGUUGGUCAGUCCAGGUACAGCUGACCACAUCAUAACAUCAAUUAGAGUCUGUUGCUCCCACUCUACUUCUGUGUCUGGCUGGAGGUGCCAUGUCCAAACCUACCUGUAGGCUCUGUCUAGGAAGGGAUCUAGCCUGUUCCCUGAGGUGGCAAAACAACUCUCACAGACUAAGCCUGAGAAUAUAUUUGGGUGGUGGAGACCUAGCAUUGGCUCUGCUGGAACUUUUUCAGGGUAGAAGCAUUUGCUGCAGGUUCUCCCAUAUCCUUUCCUUCUGAGGCUUCCAGGAGGGUAUCUGCCUCCCUACUGCCUCCCCUUCCCAUACUCUGUAGUGCCAACAGUUUACGAAACAUUUAACUUUAGAGAAAUUAAGAAAAAAGCAUGUACUAUAUUUCACUUUCCACCUAUGUUUUUAACUACUUACCAAAUUUCUCACAUUGGAAAAAAAAAUCAUUGCAUAUCCUGGAAAAGUGCUUUAUAAUGUAUAUUUAAAAAUGUUCAUCACUUGCUAUUUGUUUUAUGCUUUCUCAUUAUUAUAAUUGUGAACAAUUAAAUAUCAAAUAUAAAUACAAUAAUUGUAAAGGUUGAGAUGGUGGUAAAUCUUUACUUGUUUUGGAUUGCCCAUGUAACCAACUUUUACAACAUAAUGCAGAGCUAUAAUCUCAAAUUAUAUAUUCUAUGCCCCUCACCCAAGUAAUGCAUGUAUGCUUGCAUAUUUGUAAUAAUAAUCAUUUGCUGAAAACAACAAAAAUAGAGGUUGAAAGUAAUCUUAUAAAAUAAAUAUCCACCAUAAAUUCUGAACACAAUAUAUGAACUGUUAAACAA